CUGCACAAAGCAGGAAAGCUGCUUCAGUCUGUCUUCAUGGUGCAGCGAUAAGCGUGGACUCUUUUACCCUCUCUCCCCCACACUGCACAAAAAGGAGGCUCAUGUCUUCAAUAUAGACAUGAUGACCUUUCUGCAUUCCCGGAUUUUCCUAUUUCUGGCUGUAUCACUGGCACAAGUACUGUUUGUAAAAUGCCAAGACGGAAACAGUGGAGAUGAUUUGAGCUGCAUGGAAGAUGGUCAGGUGUACACAAACCGAGAUGUGUGGAAGCCCGAGCCAUGCCGGAUCUGCGUGUGCGACAGCGGCACCAUCCUGUGUGACGACGUGCAAUGUGAAGAGGUGACCAACUGUGAAAAGGUUAUGAUUCCCGAUGGCGAGUGCUGUCCAGUGUGCCAGAACAGCUACCCAGACAUCAGCGGGAAUGACAACAGAAUCCAAAAGGGUCAGAAGGGUGAACCUGGAGAAGUUCCAAUUGUCACUGGACUACCAGGAAGACCAGGACCAAUGGGACCACCAGGAGCACAGGGAACCAGGGGAGACCGUGGACCCAAAGGAAGGCCUGGUCCAAGAGGCCCAGCUGGGUACGAUGGAGAGCCUGGUGUCCCAGGACAGCCAGGAGAACCAGGACCACCAGGCCACCCCCCUGGAGGUCAGCUGUCCUCGCAAAUGGCUGGAGGAUUUGAUGGAAAGUUAGCAGGCCAACAUUCCAUGAUUCCUGGACAAAGGGGGGAGGCAGGUACAAGAGGACCACCUGGGCCCAACGGUCUACCAGGUGCACCAGGUCCACAAGGAAUCCCUGGUGAUGCUGGAGAUCCUGGAACAAUGGGACCUUCCGGUGCACGAGGACCUGAUGGCCCUUCAGGGAAGCCGGGUGAAGAUGGAGAGGCAGGAACGCCAGGAAGCGCAGGAGAAAUGGGAUUCCCGGGAUCUGCGGGUGCGAGAGGGUUUCCAGGGACACCAGGCCCUCCAGGUCUGAAGGGUCACAGAGGACACCAAGGUCCGCUUGGUCCAAAGGGAGAACGUGGAGCGGUUGGAUCAAAGGGUGAAUCUGGCGGGACCGGCCCACUGGGCGCACCUGGCCCCAUGGGGCCAAGGGGAAUGCCAGGAGAGAGGGGACGCCCAGGGCCAAGCGGGACACCCGGUAUGCGUGGUGCUCAAGGAAACGUUGGGAAACCGGGUCCAAUGGGUCCUUUGGGUCUUAGUGGACCAUCAGGGUAUCCAGGAGCACCAGGUAUGAAGGGACAACCAGGGCCUACAGGAGUUAGAGGCCCUGAGGGACCACAAGGACAGAGAGGAGAGACCGGUGCACUGGGCAGAGUUGGACCAAUGGGCCUACAAGGGCCAAUGGGUGUUGAUGGAGGUCCAGGAGCCAAAGGUCCAGUGGGCAGUCUUGGGCCGCAGGGGCCUGGAGGUUUGCUUGGUCCACCUGGCCCUCCAGGACCUCAGGGAAGCACUGGUCAGCCUGGGAUUAAAGGUUCAGGGGGAGAUGUUGGUGUUCCUGGAUUUAAAGGAGAAGCUGGACCUAAAGGAGAACAAGGUCCUCAAGGAGCACAGGGAGUGAUUGGACCUCAGGGAGAGGAGGGAAAGAGAGGACCUAGAGGAGAUCCUGGGUCUGUCGGCCCACCUGGACCUGUUGGCGAGAGAGGAACUCCUGGAAAUCGGGGUUUCCCUGGUCAGGAUGGAUUACAAGGAGCUAAAGGUGCACAAGGUGACCGUGGUAUAACUGGAACAUCAGGCCCUAAGGGUUCCACUGGAGAUCCUGGAAGAACAGGCGAACCCGGCUUACCGGGCGCAAGGGGUUUGACCGGUACUCCUGGAGUCCAAGGUGCCGAAGGAAAGCCAGGACCUCCGGGUGGGACAGGUGAGGACGGACGCCCUGGGCCUCCAGGACCUACUGGAACCAGAGGUCCAGCAGGGUCAAUGGGACUUCCAGGCCCCAAGGGCUUCAGCGGAGAUCCAGGAAAAACCGGUGAGCAAGGGUCACCAGGCGCUCCAGGGCAGAGGGGGCCACCUGGGAAAGAGGGAGAAGUUGGUCCACUGGGUGCAGCUGGUCCUCCUGGGCCAGCAGGUGACAGAGGAGAACAGGGGCCUCCUGGAAUGCCUGGCUUCCAGGGAUUACCAGGACCACCUGGUCCCGUGGGAGAGACAGGGAAACCCGGUGAUCAGGGUAUCCCUGGUGAUGGUGGCCCAGUGGGACUAGUUGGACCAAGGGGAGAGCGUGGAACUCCAGGAGAGAGAGGAGAGCUUGGUCCUCAUGGACUGCCAGGAGCCAAAGGUAUCCCAGGAGCACCUGGACCAGAUGGGCCAAAGGGAAGUCCUGGACCUCCAGGAGCUUUGGGUGAUCUGGGUCCUCCAGGUCUUCAGGGAAUGCCAGGAGAGAGAGGAAUCUCUGGUCCACCUGGUCCUAAGGGCGAGCGAGGCGCAGUGGGAGAGAAAGGAGCAGAGGGAACUCCUGGAAAUGACGGCGCAAGAGGGCUUCCAGGACCCCUUGGUCCUGCAGGGCCCCCUGGCCCCAGUGGUGAAAAGGGGGAGCCUGGCCCUAAAGGACCGCCUGGACCUCAUGGAUCAAGAGCAAUGCCUGGAGCACGUGGUGAGCCUGGGCCGACGGGGGCUGUUGGCUUUCCUGGACCACCUGGUCCAGAUGGUCAACCUGGUGUAAAAGGAGAACCAGGAGAGCCAGGACAGAAAGGAGAUGCUGGAUCUCCUGGACCCCAGGGCUUGGCUGGACCUCCAGGGCCUGUGGGCACGGUUGGUGUAGGUGGACCAAAGGGCGGAAGAGGAACGCAAGGUGCUCCUGGUCCAACUGGCUUUCCUGGAUCUCCUGGAAGAGUUGGUCCACCAGGUGCAACUGGUCCUAUUGGCCAGCCUGGGCCCGUUGGUCCUCCUGGGAAAGAAGGCCCGCCUGGUCUUCGUGGAGACCAUGGACCACCAGGACGCCAAGGAGAAAGAGGCCCACCUGGGCCUGCUGGAAGCCCUGGAGACAAGGGAGACCCUGGGGAGGAUGGACCAACAGGUCCUGAUGGUCCACCUGGCCCCGCUGGAACAACAGGGCAAAGAGGAAUUGUGGGUCUUCCCGGACAGAGAGGAGAGCGUGGAAUGGCAGGGUUACCAGGGCCAGCUGGCCCUCCAGGAAAACCCGGUUCACCAGGGGCUCCAGGAGACAAAGGCCCCCCUGGCCCAGUUGGAACCCCAGGUGCUAAUGGACCUCGAGGCGAUCCUGGUCCUGAUGGACCUGCUGGCUCUGACGGCCCACCAGGAAAGGAAGGAGUUAUAGGCCCUCGGGGUGACCGUGGUGACCCAGGACCAGAGGGAUUGAUUGGGCCAAGGGGAGCGCAUGGUCCUCCUGGCCCUGUGGGUGCUACUGGAGGCCCUGGAAAGAGAGGAGACCCAGGUUCAAGAGGACCUGUAGGGCCUCCAGGUCCAGCUGGAAAGAGAGGACUUCCAGGACCACAAGGACCUAGAGGAGAUAAGGGAGAGUUGGGUGACCAUGGAGAACGAGGACAGAAGGGACAUAGAGGAUAUACAGGUUUACAGGGGCUUCCAGGACCACCUGGUACAACUGGUGACCAAGGACCCCCUGGCAUUGUUGGGCCAAGUGGCCAAAGAGGUCCACCUGGACCAAUAGGACCACCAGGUAAAGAAGGGUACAUUGGACAGCCUGGACCAAUGGGACCACCUGGAUCACGAGGAUCGAGUGGGGACACUGGACCAGAGGGACCUCCCGGAGAACCGGGUCCUCCAGGUCUACCUGGCUCCCCUGGACCCCCAACUGCUGCUAUGGAUGACUUGUUUGGAGGCCCUCAGGAUUAUGACGCUGGACCUCCUCCUCCCGAAUUCCCGGAGGAUGAAGCUCUGCCCAAGUCUAAUUCUACAGAAUUGUUCCAAGCUGACCCAGGAGUCCAGGCCACCUUGAAGUCUCUUAGCAGCCAGAUUGAGAGCAUGCGCAGCCCUGAUGGCAGUAAGAAACACCCUGCCAGAACCUGUGAGGACCUGAAGCAGUGCUAUCCCCUGAAAAAGAGUGGUGAAUACUGGGUAGAUCCAAACCAAGGCAGUUCAGAGGACGCCAUUAAGGUAUACUGUAACAUGGAUACUGGAGAAACCUGCAUCUCAGCCAACCCCUCCAGCAUACCACGCAAAACAUGGUGGAGUUCUCCAGGAAAUAAACCCGUAUGGUUUGGCACCAUGACUGGUGGAACUUACUUCACCUACGGAAACAAAGACCAACCAGCCAACUCGGUCACAGUCCAGAUGACCUUCAUCCGCCUGCUUUCAAAGGAGGCCUCGCAAACCAUCACUUACCACUGCAAGAACACAGUGGGCUACAAAGAUGAAGCAACCGGAAACCUGAAGAAAGCAGUCGUUCUCAAGGCCUCCAAUGAUCUCGAGCUCAAAGCUGAGGGAAACAACCGCUUCAGAUACACUGUGCUGGAGGACAGCUGCUCUCAAGCGAACGGUAAAUGGGGUAAGACCGUUUUUGAAUACAGGACACAGAAAACGGCGAGGUUACCCAUUGUGGAUAUUGCCCCUGUGGACAUUGGUGGUCCAAAUCAGGAGUUUGGCAUCGACAUUGGGCCUGUUUGCUUCUUGUAAAGCAGACAGAGGAGAUGCAUUGAAGAGAAUCCUGAGACUCUUGAACUGCUGACAAGCUCAGCCUUGUACAUACAAGUACAGCGGACUGUUCCGGCCCUGUAAUCAGGAUAUUUAUUGUGCCUUUCCGAUCACUUCGUGACAUUGCAGCAGACGCUCCCCUAUUAGAAUAUUUCUGAAUUGAAAUAUUGAAAGAAAAAAAAAGAAUGGCAAUCUCUGUUUGGCUUGACUACGAUAACCAAAGCUUCAAUAGCCAAUUACGGUCUAUCAACUGCUGUCUGAAAUUGUGAUGUUCACUCUACCAGUUUGAGAAAUAAAAGUUUGAAAGGCUACUGUAACAACACUAAGACCCAUUUAGAAAUUGUAGGAAUUUACAUAUUUUUAUAUUGUGAUACUUUUUUUUUAAAUUUGUUUUCCAAAACAAAACAUAUGGUGCUACAGAGGAAACUUCGGCCUUCUGGCGCGAGACGUUUCUGUGGAUAAAAAAAAAACGAUGGUGUUUCUACAAAAAUGAUAUCUAUUCUGUUACAUAUGUAUGAUGUUUGAAUGCAACUGACCAUUAAAACUGAAUACAUUGAUUCAUUAGCGUAAGCUACCUCGUCUCUAUGAACUGGGAGAACUGGGACUUCUCCCAGAUCCAGGUACAGCACAGGGUGAGGGAAUGCAAAUAAAAUCUCUCCAACACUGAUGACAACACUAACUCAGUGUCUCAUUAAAAAGGUGCAUCGUUUCCUUAUUUUGUUAUUUUAAUCACAUACAUGACGCCUAAUGCAUGGCAUACUUAUGUAGUACUUUCAUGGGUUAUAGCUGCUGUAGAUAAGCAUGUACUUGGUUCGAAUUCCAAAAGGAUCCAUUGCGAAUUCAAGGCCAAAAUUCGAUGCGUAUUACUGGAUCAUAUAGGCAGAUUGGGCAUGCUUUUUUUCUGUUAGGUAAAAUCGUACGUACGAGUAAGCCAUGAUAACUCUAACUAUCAAGUAGCUAUAGUUUCUGAAGCAUGUUACACUUUACCAGCCUUGCACAAGACCAAAGUCUUUAAACGCCUGUUGCGAAACCGGCUGGAAAGACGUUUUAAUGUAUUUUGCUUUGCAAAUUAAAACAUAUACAUGGUGAUUCCUGUUUCCCUUUUUGUUGUCAAUGAAGAGCAUUUUGCUUGACACUUUCAAGCUUGUUUCAAUUACCCAUAUUUGUUCCUUCCUUCUUUUGAUGCAUGAAAUAUUCCUUAGUAGAAAUAAAGUAAUGAAUGUACAUUAAUAUGACUGAAGCGUUUGGUACCUAUUUAAACACUGCUGUUUCUGUAUUGUAAUAUACUUAGAUUAAGGUUGUUUACUAACAUUGCUGAUGAGCUUUGUAAUUUGCAAAAGAUCAGCAGUGAAACUUUUCCACUCUAUAGCUUUCUAUUGUAUUUCUGACCCUCCAGUGUCUUAGUAUUAUACUUCUGUAAAAUCUGAAAUUAUGACAAUAUGUAACCGUGUGAAUAUGAUUUUUUUAAUGUGUGACACUCAGAAAGAGCAAAUGAUGAUGGGAUAAUCACACAAACAAGCUCUGAAGACCAAAAGCCUUUUAUAAAUCGGACCACAGCAACUUAACUCUUGUUCGGAAACUCCAGGAUGACCAGGCCGGAUCUCCACUGGUCCUGCUAUUGUGUCCCGAAGACGGGUGGAAGAGGAGUUCAUGGGGACACAAGUGACGUUCACUACCACCAUGCAUAAGAAAUGCUCCAGGAAAGUCUAGAGUCCAGAGAAGCCGGAAGACCCUGUUGAAAUGACUCCAAAUUAGGCUAAGAAGUUAGACCUAUAAAAUCUUGCGAGAACAACAGCAACAAUUAUUAACACAAGAAGUACAAACUCAGGAAAACUGGUUUGAAAUACUGAGUCCUUUUUGUUCAACUGUAUCAAUUACUUUUGUCAUACAUCAUAAUAAACCACUCAAACUCA